CCGAAUAGAGUAAAUCAAAUAACUAUUAAAAUACUCAUAAAUAAUAGAAAUUAAUAAAACGAAAAUGUUCGUAUUCUUAGUGUUACUAACAGUAAUUGUUGGACUUUUAUCAUACAUUAUAUGGUGGUAUAAUAAACGUUUAAAUUAUUGGUUGGAACAAGGUAUAACCUUUGAGAAACCCCAUUGGCUGUGGGGUAACUUUAAAGGUCUAAUGAGCGAGUACAACUUUCAUGAUAUGUGUCAUAAAUACUAUCGAAAAUUUAAGGGUACGGGACCAUUUGCUGGUUUCUAUUUUGCCUCCAAACCCACUGUAUUCGUUUUGGAUCCAAAAUUAAUACAACAUAUUUUAAUAAAAGACUUUUCCAAUUUCACCGAUCAUGGUUUCUAUUAUAACGAAGAAGAUGAUCCUUUAACGGGUCAACUGUUUCUAUUGGAUGGUCUUAAAUGGAAAAAUAUGAGAAAUAAAUUAUCGCCUACAUUUACCUCGGGUAAAAUGAAACAUAUGUUUCCUAUUAUCCUGGAUAUAGGAGAGGAGUUUAUAGAGGUCAUGGCCCAGGAAAUAAAGGAACACAAAAACAUCAUAGAAAUCAAGGAUUUAAUGGGUCGCUUUACCACCGAUGUCAUAGGCACCUGUGCUUUUGGCAUUGACUGCAAUAGUCUCAAAGAACCCAAUACCGAGUUUCGUGUAAUGGGCAAACGGGCCAUUAAAGAACAAAGGCAUGGCUUGCUGGUAAAUGGUUUGAUGCAAAACUUUCCCGAUUUGGCGCGUCGUCUACAUGUCAAACAAAUACCCGAUGAUAUUGAAAAGUUUUACAUCAAUUUGGUUAAGCAGACAGUGGAGUAUCGGGAGCAGAAUAAUGUGCGGCGCAAUGAUUUAAUGGACACCUUAAUUGAUUUGAAAAAUAAGAAACUCAUACAAUCCGAGCAUGGUGAGGAGUUGACAAAUUUAACCUUAAAUCAAAUAGCUGCCCAGGCAUUUGUAUUCUUUAAUGCGGGUUUUGAAACCUCUUCCACUACCAUGUCGUUUGCCCUGUACGAAUUGGCUAGAAAUCCAGAUGUACAGGAGAAGGCACGUCUUGAAAUCGAUGAGGUAUUGGAAAACUAUCAGCAGAAAUUUACGUAUGAGAGUAUGAAGGAAAUGAAGUAUUUGAAUCAAAUUAUAUCAGAAACCUUAAGAUUAUACACCGUUCUACCCAUGAUUAGCCGCACAGCCUUAAGUGACUAUGUGGUGCCAGGUCAUAAAGAUUACAUUAUUAAAAAGGGCAUGAAUAUUUCAAUACCCGCCUGCUCUAUACACCGAGAUCCUGACUAUUAUGCUAAACCGGAUGACUUCAAUCCCGAUCACUUUGCUGACGAUGUAGUAGCACAGCGCGAGUCUUGUGUUUAUCUGCCAUUUGGGGAAGGACCUCGCAACUGUAUUGGCAUGCGUUUUGGUAAAAUGCAAACUGUUAUUGGUCUAGUGAUGCUAUUGAGGAAUUUCAAAUUUUCGGUUUGCGAUCAGACCCAAAUACCAUUAAGUUAUGAUAAUAAAAGUUUUAUGCUGACCACGGAGAAGGGUAUUUAUUUGAAGGUUGAAUCAAUCUAAAUAAAAGUAUGAUAUAUCAUUUACGAUAGCAAGUCUGUGGUUUAGCAAAAGAGGAAAUUUU